AGUGUCCUCUAGAGACAUCACCGGUGCCCAGGGCAGUGCCAUGUGGGGCGGACGCUGCUCACCUUCCACCUCUUCCAGGCACCGCGCGUCGCUGCUGCAGCUGCUGCUGGCCGCGCUGCUGGCGGCGGGGGCGCGGGCCAGCGGCGAGUACUGCCACGGCUGGCUGGACGCGCAGGGCGUCUGGCGCAUCGGCUUCCAGUGUCCCGAGCGCUUCGACGGCGGCGACGCCACCAUCUGCUGCGGCAGCUGCGCGCUGCGCUACUGCUGCUCCAGCGCCGAGGCGCGCCUAGACCAGGGCGGCUGCGACAACGACCGGCAGCAGGGCGUAGGGGAGCCUGGCCGGACGGACCGAGAAGGCCCAGACAGCUCGGCAGUUCCCAUCUACGUCCCGUUUCUCAUCGUUGGCUCCGUGUUCGUUGCCUUCAUCAUCCUCGGGUCCCUCGUAGCUGCUUGCUGUUGCCGAUGUCUGCGGCCAAAGCAGGAUCCCCAGCAGAGCAGAGCCCCCGGGGGCAACCGCCUGAUGGAGGCCAUCCCCAUGAUUCCCAGUGCCAGCACUUCCAGGGGCUCAUCCUCUCGUCAGUCCAGCACAGCUGCCAGUUCCAGCUCCAGUGCGAACUCGGGGGCCCGGGCUCCCCCGACGAGAUCACAGACCAAUUGCUGCUUGCCCGAGGGAACCAUGAACAAUGUGUACGUCAACAUGCCCACAAAUUUCUCAGUACUCAACUGUCAGCAGGCCACCCAGAUCGUACCCCAUCAAGGGCAGUACCUGCAUCCUCCCUAUGUGGGGUAUGCGGUACAUGACUCUGUGCCCAUGACGCCAGUGCCUCCAUUUAUGGAUGGCCUGCAGCCCGGCUACAGACCAGUGCAGCCCUCCUUCGCUCACACUAACAGUGAGCAGAAGAUGUUCCCUGCAGUGACCGUAUAGCCUGCAGGUCACAGAUGAGACUCCUUUAUGAGACUGAGCAACAGAGGGCGAUUCUCGCACCAGAAGUCUGCUCACGUUGGUGCUGUUCCCAUCGACGCUCUUCCGGAUGACGUCAUUCACCCCUAACCUAUAAGGGGCCAGCUCCAGAGCAGCGUGUCUGUGCGUGUCCAGAUGCAGAAUGGAAAGCCACAGCCCCUGGAGUUGCCACCUGUGCCCUCAAGCUUGUGACAAAUGCUUGAGCCCCUUAAGUGCCCUCGAGGUGUGGCCGCCAGAGGCAGGGGUUGAAUGAUGUCUCUAUUCCUUUUUGUUUUGGUGGCACAGGAGAAUACCUGUUACCUCCCCCUUACCUGGGCUGUUUUAAAAUCAGUGUUCAAGGCUGAAAGGAGAUGUAAAUUAUAUAAUUAUUAUGAAGAGAAGCGAGCUUGAACUCCGACCCUAGUCGGCAGCCUCGAUCGCCAGAGGCAUGUCUUAAUUUCAUUGUAAAAGAUAUAGUCUGUCUAUUUUUAUGCUUUUGGGGGAGGGGAGGCUAUUAUGGUUUUUUGUUUUUUGUUUUAUUUUUGAUAACCAUGUGUAGAGAUCUUAAGUGAUUUUCUACGUUACAGAGAUGGAAUGACCAUGUACAUUUCUAAUGAAGACAUUCAAAAUUCUGGGGGUGGAAUGGCAUUGAAUCCACUUGUUUCUUUUUGAUGUCGCCUUUUUAUUUCCUGGCUCUACAGUGGUACCAAGAAGCAAUUGGAUGCUUUUUUUUUUCCAAUUGAAAACAUGAGCUGUCAUCUGCUGCUCUCCAAGAUACUUUCAACUUUGCCUCGAGAUAGGGCCUGGUGGUUCAUUUUGUUCUGCCCAGUUUGGGGAUCCCCUUAUCUAAAUAGUCCCAAGGGCAGGAAAUUUUCGAUGGGCAGAUGAAGAUCGGUGAAAAACAACUGUACUAAGGAGAUGCUCAUAUAGGUCGUCAGCGAUCACAGGGACGUGGGGUGGCACUUAAACCUCAGAUGUGAACCACUUUGCAAAUCAGAAGGCUUUUUUAUACUCUUGUUAUCAGAAUGGCUUAUUUUUCCAGCAGCAGGAGCUGUGAAAUCCAGAGAAAAGCCCCUGGAGGAGACACAACGUCCCUUUAUCCUCAGUCGUCAAAAGCUUUGUGUCCACCGCCCAAGAUUUUAAUUUAUCAAAUCCUACUGAAUUUGUACAUUGAUCACUUAUGGGAAAAGUUUAAGUACAUUGUAAGUGAAUUUUCAACUGCUAGCAAAGCCAAAUUUUGUUAAAUAGCUGUGAAGUUUGGUGUUUUAUACCUACCCACCCACAGCAUCUUCUUCUUGCCUUCUGUCAUCUGUCUGUCAUCUCAUGAUGACAGGGAUACUGUUACAUUAUUGCUGGCAAUUGGUAUCAACAGAUAAGAAUCAAAGAUUUUAAUAACCAAAGCAGGAGAAAAUCAUUUUAAAUUUUUAAUAAAUAUUUUAUGGUGUGAAUUCUUCGGGGGAUGUUUAUUUUAUAAUUACUCAUUAUUAAUAGAACACAGUUACGCAGAAUCAUGACUGCUGUUUCUGGGGCCAUGAGCCUUGCUUACACGAUACCUGGUACCAGGGAAGCACAGGUGUAUCUGUGGCAAAACUUGACACUCAAAAGCAGGUUUGUUUGUUUUUUCCCCAUUGGGGAUCUCCUGUCCUCAUAGUAAUUUUUAGGAGCUGAUCAACUGCCUUUAAACAACCACAGUUGGUAUUUCACACUCGAGCAAGGCUGGGCUCCAGCAAAGCUGUGUGUACGUGUGUGUGUGUGUGUGUGUGUGUGUAGGUAGGUACAUAAAAUGGCAUAUCUGUGGAGGCUAGAGGACAGCUUGUGGGAGUAGUUUUCUCCUUCCACCAUGUGAGUCCCAAGAACCAAACUCACGUCACUGUCAGUCUUGCAGCAAACCCCUUUACCCACUGAGUCAUCUUGCCAGCCCCAAACUUGAUUUAUAAAUACUGAGAUCUGAGUUCCAUGAAAUUUCAGUGUCACAAAAUAGUUUUCACCCCUUCGCCUCCCCCCAACCAUCUCAGAGGGUAAAAUCCGGCUUAAGCACUAGCUGUACAAAGCCAAGUGACAAGCCAGUGGUAGUUGGGCAGUUCCUUAUCUGACAGCAGGACUUUGCUUGAUGCAGGUUGACUUCUGUGCAUUUCUGAAUCUGUGAGAUCGUUUGAUUUUGUCACUUUUCUGAGUGGUAAAAACAUAAGUUCUAGUCAAUAAAAUGGAAGGUUUCAUCCAAUAAA